AUGGAGGUGGAGGAGGAGGAAAGACGCUCUCCACACGAUCAUGUGGAUCGGUGUGUUACCGAGAGCUUCUUUGAUCGCGUAACGCAAGGGUUACGCGACGAUCUCGAACAUGAGCGGAAUAGGCGUCUCCAAAUGGCGGACACUGCCUCGAAGCAUCGAGCUGAGUUUGCCUUUGCUCAGCUUGAGAACGAGAGAUCUCUGACAUCUCUUCGUGACGAGCUAAGGGUAGCUCGUGGGAUUGUUGAUCGGUCUCGGGAUGAGAUAACUGCUCUUCAGACCCUUGUUGAUGCCCACCAUCGGGAGCACAAGGCUCUCUGCGAGAUGCUUGAGCGCAAGGGCGUUCUUCAUCGGAAGAAGCAGCGUACUGAUAGUACGGCUUAA